AUGGCGUCCCUCACGCCGGGAGUCCUCGUGAAGCUCCUCCAGUCCAUGGACACUGAAGCCAAGGCCGUCGGCGAGCACCGCACCGCUGUUCUCCAGGUCAUCGGCAUCUUGCCCGCCCUCUCCGACUCCAGCGCCGACGACAUCUGGCCCUCCCACGGCUUCUACAUCCAGCUCUCCGACUCCGCCCACUCCAUCCACGUCUCCCUCUCCGACGCCGAUGCCGACGCCAUUCUCUCCAACCGGCCCCACCUCGGCCAGCUCGUCCACGUCGAGCGCCUCCACUUCGCCCACCCCGUCUCCCGCGCCUCCGGCGUCCACCUCCUCCCCGGCCGCCCCCACCACUUCCUCGGCUCCCCCGAGCUCUCAUCGCCCGCUCCCACCCCUCUCGCCGCGGCUUUGUCAUCCAGCCCGCCUCCCCCGCCGACGCUGGCCGUCCCCUCAUCCCCUCUUUCUCCGCCCUCAAAGAACCCGGGCGGAGAAAAAAGGACAGCUUUUGCUGCCAAGGAAAAUGUUGUCGGCGCCAACACCAAGGCCGCCGGAGAAUCCGCCUGCAAGCGAAGCUUCUCGUCAUCGUCCGGAGCUAAGCUGGCCACGAGGAAGAUCAACAGCGGGACAGGGGAGCAGAGGGACCCCUCCCCUGCUGUGGGACAAGGGAAGGCGAUGCCAUUCUCCCCUGCGUUGGGCGGAGCAGCGAGAGAAAGCUCGAGGUCUUCGUCACCGGUCCUUUCCAAGUGCGUUGUGCCAAGCCUGGUGGAAGCGAAAGAGGAGAAUCCGGGGGUGAAGAGGGAACCGGCCAUUAUAGCGCCAUGA